UUUCAUUCAAAAUGUUUUUUUUAUUUUCUAUAGUAGAAAAGGGAGAUGAGGUAUGGGUUCCUAGCAACGAAAAUCAAAUUUAUAAAGAUACCAAAGUCAGUGAAACGCUAUUCGCAGAAUUGUGGAAAGGCAAAUUUGGUUCACAAAAAGUUAUCAUAAAAAUCUGGAAGCCAGAUGCCAAGCUAUUCGGAAAUAGUUUUAUGAAUGAGUUUAAUACGAUAAAGAAGCUUUCUCACAAAAACAUCAUGACAUUAUAUGGUGCUGUUACAGAUAAAAAGAUAUUGCUUCUAGAGUAUAUGAAAUAUGGUAAUUUGUUGGACUUUCUUAAAACUGGAGAAGGCCGACAUUCCACAAUAAAAGAUCAAAUAGGCAUGGCUACUCAGAUUGCAUCCGGAAUGGCCUAUUUGGAACAAAAACAAUAUAUUUUCAUAAAUCUUCGCGCAGAAUCUGUUUCAUUCGGGGAAAACUUGUCGUGCAAACUGUUUGAUUUCAGCAUGGCACGGUAUGUCGGAGACGAUGGGAAAUGGAGGCCAUAUGGAAUGUGUACAUGUCCAAUAAAAUGGACAGCGCCAGAAAUCUUUUUCUACGGAGUGUAUUCGAAUAAGUCAGAUGUUUGGAGUUUUGGUGUGCUUCUCACAGAAUUAGUGACAAAGGGACGCAUGCCAUACCCGGGAAUGUCGAACAAAGAAGUUAGAAACAAAUAUAACGAAGGGUAUAGAAUGCCACGUCCAGCCUCAUGUCCUGAACGACUUUACGAAGUCAUGCUUAAGUGCUGGGAUGAGGAUCCAGAAAAAAGGCCAGAGUUCGAAUAUCUCGAGGAUUUUCUGAAAAAUAAUGAAUUUGACAACGAAUCUGAACAUAUUGACAACAACGACGUCGGCAGUAUCAGUGUUGAAACAACAGGUUCACCUGAUGCACAAAAGGCUACUCCAGCAACAAAAAAGAAAGCACAAGCACUUUUCGACUUUGACGAAAGUGAGUCUUGA